CAACAUGGCUGACAAGGCGAAGCCCGCCAAAGCUGCCAACAGGACGCCCCCCAAGUCCCCGGGGGACCCCUCGAAGGACCGGGCGGCCAAGAGGCUGUCGCUGGAGUCGGAGGGUGCCGGUGAGGGUGCAGCAGCGGCCCCCGAGCUCAGUGCCCUGGAGGAGGCCUUCCGGCGCUUUGCGGUGCACGGGGACACCAGGGCCACGGGGAGGGAGAUGCAUGGCAAGAACUGGUCGAAGCUGUGCAAGGACUGCCAGGUGAUCGACGGUAGGAACGUGACGGUCACCGACGUGGACAUCGUCUUCAGCAAGAUCAAAGGGAAGUCUUGCCGGACCAUCACCUUUGAGCAGUUCCAGGAGGCACUGGAGGAGCUCGCCAAGAAGCGAUUCAAAGACAAGAGCAGCGAGGAGGCGGUUCGCGAGGUGCACAGGCUCAUUGAGGGCAAGGCGCCCAUUAUCUCAGGGGUGACGAAAGCCAUCUCGUCGCCCACAGUGUCGAGGCUCACAGACACCACCAAGUUCACGGGCUCCCACAAGGAGCGCUUCGACCCCUCUGGCAAGGGCAAGGGCAAGGCUGGCCGCGUGGACCUGGUGGACGAGUCAGGCUAUGUGUCUGGCUACAAGCACGCGGGCACCUAUGACCAGAAGGUGCAAGGGGGCAAGUAGCCCCCGCUCCAUGCCCCGCGGCACUGCCGGUGUCCCCGGAGCAGGGACUCUGUCACCUCGCACUUCAUUACAUUCCUGUGCUCACUCGGGCAGAACUCAGAUGGGUGCCCCAGAGGGGGCUGGGGGGAGGCCAGGCCCAGGCCUCCCUCCUGCCCCUCCUCCUGCCAGAUGCCCCCAGCACUCCCCUCUCGAACCAGGUUUGGGCCCCAGUUCACUGACCCUCCUUUUACACCUGCGUCCUCAACCGUUUCCAAAGUGUCUCCCGGAUCACACCACAUCGGGCACGUGGUUUGCAGGUCAAAGGGGUGUUUUAAAGGAGCUGGCUGUCAUGGCAACAGGAGGCUGUGCUGACCUCCUGACUGGCAGACACCUUCCAGGAGCUCUGAGGGUGGCAGGAGCUAAUCCCAACCAGCAGGCAACUAACACGGAGUUGGCCCCACACCAGACAUGGGAGGUGUCUGUGGGGCCCGAGACCUGUACUGCAUGCAGUGGACACCACAGGGCCUUCCCGCUUUCCUGGGCAGAGGGCAGAGUGAGGCCACCUGGCGGGGGUGCUGGGCACCUGGCACAUGUGUGGGGAAGCCGGUCACAUGGACACAAGUGUGCACACAUGCCUACAGGCCAGCUGUGUGCCAAGGGCAACGUCGGAAAAAGGAAAGCUAUGGGGGGGCAGUGGGCGGCUUCCCGGCUGACCACAGUGGCCCGGACUGUGAGGGUGGAGUCAGCUCCCUUUGCUUUCCUGAGUAGACGCGGUGGCUGCCUGUGUUCUCAGAGCAGGUCUAGGAAGAUUCGGAAUGUCUGGUCCCCGUGGUGUUGCCAGGCAAGAGACACGAAGUGCUGAGACACUCCUCGCCUCACUGCGUGACAGGGCCUCUGCCCGGCCCUCCUGCUUGCCCAUCCUCACUAGCUGCACCCUGCUUGCUUGCAGACCUCCCAUUGCCACAGCCCAAGCGCCUUCUUCAACUCUCCCGAAAUGACUCGGCCUCACCUCUCCCGGCCCCUCCCCCUGGAGAGCAGGACACCAGGGAGGACCCCCAAGCCUGCAGUGUCUGUGGGGCUUUCUCUGCCAGCAGACGGCCAAGCAGAGCCCAUCCAGGACCCUCCACACUGCCAGGACACACCCAGGCGGCCUGGUCUUGCCUAUCUGCACCUGGGGAGAAGCUGGCACUCCUGCUCCCUCCUGGGGAGGCUGAAGGGUGUGGCUACCCACUGUCACAAUGGCACACUGCCACUGUCCCUUGGCACGCAAACAGCCACAGCCACGCGUGUGACCUGCUGGGUUGUGGUUCUGGAGUCUACCUGAGGAUGAGCCUGCGGCAGUCUUGGGGAAAUGCUUCCAGAGCCUGUUAGCUCGUGGCUACGGUGAGGCUCUGGCCAGGGCAGGGGGCUGCCCAGGGCCAGGCUCACAGCACAGGAUGGUGAGGCCCCUCCCUCACUGGCACGCAUGAGCGCCACCCGCCUCCCCUGACUCCCAAGGGUGUACCUGCUGCGGCCACAGCCCUGUGGAAGGACUCCCCCUACCUGAGCAGAGCAGGAGCCGCAGGGCUGGAGCUCCCAGACAGCAUGGUCCGCUGAAAGUUGGGGGUCUCCGAGGCCCCUCAACAGACUGCCGCAGGCUCAUCCCCAGGUAGACCCCAACCUGAGGAUGGGGAGGACCUGGCAGGCAGCUUCUCAUGGCAGGGCUGGGAAGUUCAUGGUGUCUGGCAAUAAAGACCAAGGAAAAAUGAACCUCAGGCUUUGUGGCUCCUUUAGGAUGUCACCUCACCGGCCUGGGGAAGGCGGGGGGUGCACAAGCCCAGCCCUGUGCCCCCACUGAACCUGGCUGGACCACGUGUGAAAGGCAGAACUAACGUAUGGAAACAUUUGAAAACAACUCUGAAUGUGCAGUGUGGAAUCGUCCGAUUACAGACGAGCGGUCACCGGAAUUGCCUGAUCACAGCCCAUCACAACUCCAAAGCCCUUGUGUUGAAGAGGUCGAGGACGAGCGGUCACCAGACUCACCAAUCACAGACGAGCGGGUCACCGGAAUCGGCCGAUCACAGACAAGCAGUCACCGGAAUCACCUGAUCACAGACGAGCGAGUCACUGGAAUCGCCCGAUCACAGACGAGUGGGUCACCGGGAUCGGCCGAUCACAGACGAGCAGUCACCGGAAUCACCUGAUCACAGACGAGCAGUCACCGGGAUCGGCCGACCACAGACGAGCGAGUUGCCGGAAUCGCCCGAUCACAGACGAGCGAGUCGCCGGGAUUGGCCGACAGCCCAUCACAAUUCCAAAGCCCUUGUGUUGAAGAGGCCGAGGACGAGCGGUCACCGAACAGGGCGGCUCCCCAGGUCCUGAAGCCUGAAACCCGAAGGACCCUGGCACCCUUACACCCUCGGACUGCUGCCCUCCUCGGCCUCCCUGGCCCCAGCGCGGCUCCACCCUGGGCCGCGUCUCCUGGUCCGAGGCUGCGUUUCUCCUUCUUCUGUCCAUGGGCAGCCCGGUCCCCACAGUCACAACCAAGUCACACAGAACGAACGUGACUCCAGAGGACCUUGCCCUGGAGCUGAGCCUGGCGCCGGGUCAGGAUGGAGGGACAGGCGGGUUGGGGUCCGCGGGUCCCCACAUGUGCGGCCAGGCACAGAGGCUCGCCAGGCCUUGCUGCGGUCUGUGGGGACGAGGGACACUGAGGAGAGAGGCACCAGGACCCCGACUCCUGGUCACUGGUUGGCCUCAGACAAGAAUGGCCUCAAGAACCAAGCGCAUCGGGAGCACACCAGAAACCGGCCCUGAGCACGAGAAGCGUCUCCACCCGGCCCGGGCACCACCCGACCCCGCAGGGAACAGGCCCUGUCACCGACGGGGCACUUCGUCCACGUGGCCAGCACCGACUCACCACAGCCCUUCCCAGACCUGGCUGGAGUGACCGGAGCGGCGGGGCUCAUGGCUCCCAUCGUGGCCCCUGGAGGUGAGCUCCUUCGCAGAAGCGGACCCUUCACUCUGAGGGAAGCCGUGGCGUGCAUUCCGAACCCUAGGACGCCCCUGUGGGUUUCGUGAAUGAGAUCGAGGCUGCUGUGGCACCCAGCCCGUCCUAGCCUGGAGCACCGUGGGCUCCUGGAGGGAGAGGCCCCACACCCCCGCUCUCCCUCCACACUUCCAGGGUUGGUGCCCACGAGUCCGAGGCACGGCCUCCCCAGUGUCCCGCCCUCCCUCAACGGCCCCCAGGCUUUCCUCAGACAUGCGGGAGCCAGGAGAGCACCCUUCUCCACUCGGCUCCAAAGCGAAUCUUUGAAAACACCCACUCUGCUCCCGUUUCUGUCACCUAGCCAGGAGGGGUAGCAAAAAUUAAGUCACGAGGGCAUAGUGGUCACCAUUGUCAGUUUGUCUGUGGAAUCUGUGAUUGCAUCUGUGUGCCGCCUCCAAACACAGAACAUUGUUUGGACAGCAGCCCCACUGCACGUAACAGACCCGUGCAUCUUCCUCAGUCAGUUUCUGAAUAUUGUGAAUUCAGGCAGGUGUGUGUUCUCUUCUGCAUGUUUUUAUGCACUGCCAAUUAGCUUCUACUAACCAUGGUUCAACAGAAAAUAAAUGUGUAUUUGUGAAUAACAGAAACUGCACAGCCUGCAAACCAGGAGAGGGACAGGUUCUGUCGGGGGUGACACCAGGAGAGAGGGACAGGUUCUGUCGGGGGUGACCAGGAGGGACAGGUUCUGUUGGUGACACCAGGAAAGGGACAGUUUCUGUCAGGGGUGACACCAGGAGAGAGGGACAGGUUCUGUCGGGGGUGACACAAGGAGAUAGGGACAGGUUCUGUUGGGGGUGACACGAGGAGAUUGGGACAGGUUCUGUCGGGGGUGACACCAGGAGAGAGGUACAGGUUCUGUUGGGGGUGACACCAGGACACUGGGACAGGUUCUGUCGGGUGACACCAGGACACAGGGACAGGUUCUGUCAGGGGUGAUACCAGGAGAGAGGGACAGGUUCUGUCGGUGGGUGACACAAGGAGAAAGGGACAGGUUCUGUCGGUGAGUGAUACCAGGAGAAAGGGACAGGUUCUGUCGGUGGGUGACACAAGGAGAUAGGGACAGGUUCUGUCGGGGGUGAUACCAGAAGAGAGGGACAGGUUCUGUCGGUGGGUGACACAAGGAGAUAGGGACAGGUUCUGUCGGGGGUGAUACCAGAAGAGAGGGACAGGUUCUGUUGGGGGUGACACCAGGACACAGGGACAGGUUCUGUCAGGGGUGACACCAGGAGAGAGGGACAGAUUUCUGUCGAUGGGUGACAUGAGAAAGGGACAGGUUCUGAUGGGGGUGACACCAGGACACAGGGACAGGUUCUGUUGGUGAGCGAUACCAGGAGAGGGACAGGUUCUGUCAGGGGUGACAUCAGGAGGGACAGGUUCUGUCGGGGAUGACACCAGGAGAGAGAACAGGUUCUGUCGGGGGUGACAAGAGGAGAUAGGGACAGGUUCUGUCGGGGGUGACACCAGGAGAGAGGGACAGGUUCUGUCGGGGGUGACACCAGGAGAGAGGGACAGGUUCUGUCGGGGGUGACACCAGGAGAGAGGGACAGGUUCUGUUGGGAGGACAGCGCUGAUCGUGUGUCAGCAUCAGGAAAGGAGAAAGGCAGAGGGAGCGCAUUGAGAAGACUGUUCACACCAGAGUACUUACUCAUUUUUAUUUACUGCUAUAGGAUAAGCAACCAGGUAGUGUUCAUAACAGUUAGCUUUACCAAAAUUAAAGUUCAAAUUAUAUGUUUAAAAUAUUGUAGCAGAAGAUAUAUGUUUAUACUGGACUAUUUUUACACCUUCUAAUAUCCUGUCCCAAGUUUGGGCACAGAUGGUGGAGUUGGGCUGGCAUCAUGUCCUGUGGCCGCCCCACUUGCCUGUCGGUGCCGCUCCAUCCCAGACCCCAGGGGUGCCAGCUCAGGGCCAACCACAGCAGCCCUGCGUGGGCAUCACCUCCUACCCCGGCCCCCGCCCUGGGCUGCUGUGGCUGCCUGCUUUUGUGAAUGGUGUUUUGUUGGCACAGGGCCUGUCCUGUGUGUUCACACAUGCCUGUGGCUCCUUCUGCUGUACAACUGGAGUGGGGAGGAGUUGAGAUGGAGACGCCUUGGCCCUGGACACUUAUCUGUCCCUCCUGGCCCAGCUCAAUCUCCUCCUGUGGGCAAUCACGUGUGCACUGGCCACCCUCCCACCCCACACCACACACCAUGAGGGGAUGGCACAGGGGGACGAUGAGGCUGGACGGUGAUGUUAUCAAUAGGCCAGAACAUCCUUCAAACACUGAACCUGCAUCUUUCCUCCUCUUACUACUGAACACUUUGUGAGCUCUGGUGGUCCAGGGUGUGGCAUUUGUCCCCUGGCCUGUGAUGGGGAAUAAUGGGCACAGCGAGAUGCUUGACUUCUUUCUUUUGACCUCUUAAAAAACUAAACUAAGCCAAACCACAAAGGAAAUCUGCACAACUUAAGAGAAACUUGAAAGGGAUCGUGUAACUACUAGUUUGUACUAAGUUUUUUUCAAGAAAGGGAAACAAAUUUAUAUAUAUAUAUGUGCAAUAUAUUUUUACACUGUGUGAUUAACAUAAGGGAGUACUGAGCGUAUCACUUUAUCAGUGUGACAGGUGAUGUCCAUGUCAUGGCUGUUCUGACUCUGAAAGGCACUUCCGCCAACGUCUAAACCGCACUCACUGGGAACGUCUGUGGGGUGGGGUGGCUGUGCUGUCCCUUCUGCAGGUGAGAGGCGUGGUGUCGCCUGUUGGACUUGCUGUUGAGCCUGGCUUGCAAACCUGUAGUGAAACAGCUCAUGUCUGUGUGCACAUGCCCCUGUGUGUCUGCUGUCAUUAACAUUGUGUGUCCAGUUGGUAAAGUGACAAAUAAAGGUGUUUUAAAACGUG